AUGGAAGAAACCGAACCUACCUUCACCUCUGCAAUCAUGAGCGAGGUGAUGCCACAGAGGUUCCAGAAACCUCCCGUCAUCCAAUACUCUAGGUAUAGCGAUCCAUCCGAGCAUGUGGAGGCUUAUCGCUCAUGGAAGCAAAUCCAGACAGCGAUGGAUGCAAUGAAUCCGCCGAAGACGUUAGCUGAGCUCAUCACCAGAGCUCAGAAGUAUACUAACGCCGAGGAAUUCUCCAACACUCGCAAGAAUGUCCAAGUAAUAGAGCCGAUUGGCAAAGGGAAGAGGCCGAGGAACAAAGAACCCCAGCCGUCCAGCAAAAGACCAAACGACUGCACUCCUCACGAUCGUCGUCCGAGCAAAAAACCUGAGGGUAAAUUCCAUUCUUAUACUCCCCUCAACACAUCUAUCGAACAAAUUCUAUUGGACAUCAGAGGCCAGAAGCUCCUGAAUUGGCCUAUUUGUAUGAAGGCCAACCCGGAUCGUCGAGACAAGCGCAAGUAUUGUCGUUUCCAUCGAGACCAUGGCCACAACACAGCCGACUGCAUGGAUCUUAAAGAUGAUAUUGAGACUCUUAUCCGUAAGGGUCAUCUGAGCCGUUAUACUAAGGAAGAGAGAACAGCUCGGAGAGAAGAACGAGAGCUGCCAAAUAACACCGCAGAAGAGCCAAUCAAAAUCUGUACCAUUCUCGGAGAUUCAAACAGGGCUCGUAAAGCUCAUUCUCGGAAGCCUGAUCCAGAACUCUACAUCCACAUGACCGAGAGGCCGACCAAAGAACUCCAGGUCAGUCCAUGCAGUCUGACCUUCACGAAAGAUGAUGCAUGCAGAAUCCAGCAUCCGCAUGACGACGCCUUAGUAGUUGAUAUGACCAUAGUCAACCAUAAGGUGUACCACACCCUAGUUGACACCAGAAUCUCAGCUGACGUAAUCUACUAUGAAGCUUUUGAAAGAAUGAGGAUUCCAAGGUCGUGCCUCAGACUUGUGAAGACCCCUUAUACGGCUUUGCCAGAGAAAGGGUGA